UCAAAGAAUGUAUCAGAGGUUUGGAAGAUUAUUCAAGUAUGUAGCCACUGUUAACUUUUUCCGUCUGAAAUAUUAAGAAUUUUAGAAAGUUUCAUCUUCACCAGAAUAUUUUAGGCACGAUUUACUUAGGCAUGGAAUUUGUGUGACCGAAAGAUGUCCAGACAUACCAAAAACUGAAUUGCUAAAAAACAAUUCGAAAUAUGUUAAACAACUGAGUAGGUGCUACAGUUCUACUUUCGAGGAAAGUGGGAUUUUUGGAGAAAUUGAGAUCACGACAUGUAGAACGCAGAAGUCAUCAUAUUCUCUUAAUAAUUUAGACUUAAUAUUCGGGUAAAGAAGACGUGUAUUCGGAUAUGUAGGGGACGUAGAUAUACAUAUAGCGGGACGUUUUUGCUUUCCAAGCGCACCUACAGCAGGUGCUUUCAAAGUUUGGUUAGAUAACAACAUAUUUACUAAAAGUUCUGGGCUAUCAUCUCAAGAAAAAUUAAAUUUCCAGUAUAUACUGUCCCAAUGAAUAUUAAUUUUCUUGCAAUAGUUUCUUAUUGAUAAAUUACUCUAAUUAAUUUUCAGGAAUUGUGUGAUCGUUAUUGUCUUACUUGUACUUUGUGCCUCCAUUUAUGACUCACUGUCUGGUUCACAAUUUGAAGGCCAACAUACAACAAACAAUAUCUUUAGUAAAUUUUUCUGUUCAUUUUCUCUCUUGCAAAAUUGGAGACGUUUAACAACCGUCAGUUUUAAAACCGCAGACACCGAAUUGCUUACUUGUCUACAGGGUGUACGCUUCUUUAAUACCAUCAUCGUAAUUGCUAUUCACAGUUUUUCGAUCAAUGUGUUGGUGCCAAUUUUGAAUACUCACCAUAUGGAAGCUCAAAGAGACAACAGAGCUUCUCAUUUUCUUUUUGUUGGUAUCGAAUUCACAAUUCUACAACCUUUCUUCUUAAUAUCGGCCUGGUUGUUAACUUAUACCUUUUGCAUAGACUCGGAAGGCAAGAAAAUAGUACCUAUAUCGUACUGUAUUAAAAAAUUUUGCUCCAGAAUCUUCAGACUUACUCCAAGUAUGGCCGUAGUAGUUCUUUUUACAGCGACGUGGUUGCCACAUAUUUCAGAUGGACCUCUUUGGGGAAUAAUCGUAGAGCAUGAUUACAACAUAUGUCGCAAAAAUUGGUGGACUAAUUUGCUUUACAUUAACAAUUUCGUGCCUUCAUAUGACAUGUGUUCACCUCACCUGUGGUCCCUGUCUGUUGACAUACAAUUUUACGUGGUGGCUUUAAUUGUUUUAUGGUUUUUGUGGAAGUCCCCGGAAGAAGCGGGGUGGCUUGUAGGAUCCAUUUGGUCCUAUCACAUAGUCUACACGUUUUAUCGAACUUACGGUAAAGUUAAUUACACAGACCGCUCUCCAGAGCGAAUGUUGCAAAAAUCAGACAACAUAAUGGAGGUUCUGCGCGUUUAUAAACUAGCUUCGUCAAAUCUCCCUGGUGUUCUAGGUGGUGUGGUUUACGGUUUUAUUUCCUACAAAUAUCGAAACCGAAAAAUUGUCACCAAAAAGAUUUAUCGUGUUGUAUGGUGGAUUUUAAGUUGGGCGUGUAUGUUGAUUGCUAUAACACUUCCUGCGAUUAUUCUACGUUCUUUUAAAGAACGUGGAAAUGAUAUGUACAUAUUCUAUGUCUGUGUAGGUAGAACGCUCUAUGUUUUUGGCUGCGGAUUAUUCAUUCUGGGAAUGACACAAGGAAAUGGAGGUAUUAUUAGAAAUAUUUGUAAAUCGUCACCAGUUAAUAUCUUAGGACGUCUGACGUAUGGAGCCUAUCUCAUGCAUCCCAUCGUACUGCGUGUUAAGAAAGGACUAAUAAGGACACCAAAUUUUUUAAACAGCUACUUACUUAUCUUUGACUGCGUAGAGUCUAUCGCAUGGUCAUUUUUAAUGUCGGUAUUUCUAACUUUGUUUUUUGAAAUGCCGAUCAAAGAAAUUGUGCUUCGUGUGUUAAAAUCACCACCUUUGCCAGAUACGUCGCAUAAGACAAAAUAGUUGUCGAAGCAAGAAAUCCAGAAA